AUGGACCGGGCCCGGAGCCCGGGCCGCAGAGCCCCGGCAGCAGGGACCCCGUCGUCGGGCCGGGGGGCGGCGCCUCCCCAGGAAGCCCGGGGCCCCCAGCCUCCCGCCCCUCGAGGCCCAAAGCCCGCCACCGCCGUUGCCUCCGUCACCAGCCGCUCCGCCGAGAGCCCCGGAGGCGCCGGCAAGCAGGGUCCGGCCCAGGCCGGAGGCCGGGAGGCCGGGAAAGCUGAGAGUCCCAAGGAACCGAGCCCCGCCAAGCCCCAGAGGCCUCAGCCCGCGGCCCAGAGAGGGGCCGGGUCUGUGAAGACGAGCCUGAAGUACAGUAAAGAACUGGAAAUCAGAACUACCCUCCAGGAGCUGUCGAUCUAUCUUAUUUUCCUAACAGACUUGUGUAUUUUGACUUUUGGGAUGGUGAACACAGAUAUGUAUUAUUUAAACCAAGUCAUGGCCAAUCUCUUUUUGGAAACUCCCGUGUCUGAAAGUGAUAGGACCAAUUUUAGGACUAUCGCCAGCAUGGUUGACUUCUGGAAGUAUGCGGAAGGGCCGCUUCUGGAAGGUCUGUUCUGGGACAUGUGGUACAAUAAUCAGACCCUCCCUGGACACAAAAACAACAGUCAGAUCUACUACGAGAACUUACUUUUAGGGGCUCCCCAAGUCCGCCAGCUCAAAGUCCGUAACAACACGUGCACCGUUCACCCGUCGUUCCAGUCUCUAAUGAAAGAAUGUUACUAUGACUACAGUUUUAAAGGAGAAGACACAUCAAGUUUUGGCCUCAACAACGGACCAGAGUGGAAGUACUCUGCUUCUGUUUCCUUGUCUCCGUUUCACUGGGGAUCCAUUGGCAUUUACAGAAAUGGGGGCUUUGUCUUGACUUUGCCCUCAUCAAAGUCCAAGAGCUUGAAGAAACUCGCUUCACUCAGGCUGAACAGCUGGCUCACCCGUGGAACCAGAGUAGUGUUCAUUGACUUUUCCGUGUACAACGUGAACAUAAACCUGUUUUGUAUCAUUAGAUUGGUGAUCGAAUUCCCCGCAACUGGAGGCGCACUCCCUUCCUCGCAGUUCUUCUCUGUAAAGCUCCUCAGAUACAUCACUUUCUUUGAUUACUUUCUGGCAUCCUGUGAAGUCAUAUUCUGCCUCUUCAUAUUGGCCUUUACAGUCCAAGAAAUCAUAAAAAUCAAACACUUUAAGUUCGCCUACUUCAGGAGUGGCUGGAACUGGCUGGAAAUGCUACUGGUGGUGAUAUCAUGCUUUGCCAUUGCAUUUAACAUCUAUCGAACCGCAAAAGUGUCCCUUUUGCUGGACAAGCUGCUGUUAAAUGCCCAGGAAUAUCCAGACUUUUAUUUCCUCGCAUAUUAUCAAACUCAGUACAACAACGUGAUUGCGAUCAAUGUCUUCUUUGCCUGGAUAAAGAUAUUCAAAUUCAUCAGUUUCAAUAAGACGAUGUCCCAGUUGUCAUCCACCUUGUCCCGCUGCGCCAAAGACAUCAUUGGCUUCGCCAUCAUGUUUUUCAUCAUCUUCUUUGCUUAUGCUCAGUUUGGAUACCUGGUCUUUGGCUCCCAGGUUGAAGAGUUUUCCACUUUUCCAAACUGCAUAUUUACCCAAUUUCGAAUCGUCCUGGGCGAUUUCAAUUUUGUCAGCAUUGAGCAGGCCAACCGGGUCCUGGGGCCCAUUUAUUUCAUCACCUUCGUCUUCUUCGUGUUCUUCGUGCUUCUGAACAUGUUCCUGGCUAUUAUUAAUGAUACCUACUCUGAAGUGAAAGCUGACUUUUCUGUGAUUAAAAGUCCAGACUUUGAGAUCAGUGAUCUCAUUAGACAAGGAUACAACAAAGCGCUGGUGAAACUGAAACUGAAGAAAACCAAGAUAGAUGAUCUUUAUGGUCCCGAAUUGCAAGACAAGGACUUGAAGGAAAUGGAGGAUUUGGCUUCACUCUCUGGAAAAGGAGUCAUGGACGAAAAGAGCAUUCAGAGCGCGAUCCGGAUGAAAAAGUGGAGAGACAGGCUUCAGCAGAAGUAUUACUCUCUAGAAGAGCCAGCUGCUUUCCUGGACCACGCAGAGCCCGUCAGCCAGCAAGAAUUCCAGCAGCUCUUUUUAUACAUGACCGAGCUGGAGAAGCAAUUACACUACCUCAGUUCCAAGCUGAACCACGUGAUGAAGAAGAUCUCUGCCACUAAUGAGGCAGCCACAAAGACGUGAGUGAGCAGUGGAAUGAGACCACAGAGAAACCAUUCAUUUCUGGUCGGCCCAACUGUUCAAGCAAAUUGGAACUCUCUCCAACUAUGGGCCAGGGCCUCCCUCCGAUGCUGCAAACUGCUCGUCAGACCGACAUCAAAUCCAUCCCUCGCGCAUAACCCAGCCGACAGGACACGAGGAACUAUGCCAGUGAGCGGAACGGAACUCUCUGCUGUCUUCUGGCAGAAAUGGUGGGGGUGGUGUCAGUGAGCAGGGCGUCCUUCAGGGUGGGAGGACAGUGGUCCAGGAACCCAGGGGAGAAAGUGAGCAAGGGGGAGGAUGGAUACAGCCAGCCCCACCCCCCGACUGUACUUCCCUUGGGUCCGGCAUCAGGGUGGGUGCCGUAAGUCCCUCUCUUCCCCGCCAUGCCUGCAGGCAGACCUCGGUGCCAGGCCAGUGGGACACCUACUGCUCCCGCCCCAGCUUCCAGGGUAGGGGCCAGACUUCCCACUGAGCAACUCCAGGCCCUGCAGACUUCACAGGAAGAUGGAAGCAGCCCCCUCGCCUCAAGCCAAAGAAAGCAGCCAGAUGACCCGUGGUGGUGGUCUGCCACCACCACUGAAACCACCCCCUUGUUGGGGGCCCUACAAAGUCAAGGCUUCCCAAAGAAGUUCCCUGAAUAAAGUGCUUCACAAACAUUUCCUCCUGCUCCCAGGCACGAGAGAAAAGCCUGAGGUCCAGAAUGGACGUGGACCACCACUGAUUUAAACUUCAGAAAUCCUUCUAAACCAGGAAUCCCAUCAGAGCCCGACCUGUGAUCUGACGCUUCAAAGCCAGUAGGGCCCCUGGGGUUUUGGUCUAGUAA